AUGGCGCUCCUCCUGUCCCUGGCCGUGAUGUUGCAUCAUGGCAGUCAAGUGAGAGCAACGGGGUUUCCAGAAAUCUCAGGCUCUUCUCAGCCUACAAGAGGAGCAGCGGUCCAGGCCACAGCAAAACCUCCUUUCCUGCAACUGACCAGCCACGUGCCUCACAGCUCUACAGCAGCACGCUCAACGGGUGGUCACGUUCCCUCUCAAACCACUGCCACAACCUCUAACUCCGAGAUCCCAACCACACACACAACAAUAAAAACUCUAACAACAACCUCCCUGAUAACUACCAACAGCACCCCAUCCACCAGCCCAGAAAUCCACACUCUGGGCACAACCCUGGCCACACCCAACAACUCACACACCGCUGCUCCGGUCACCGAGGCUACCAUCGGCCCCAGUGCAGCUCCUGGUUCACUGCCCCCCACUGUCACCCCACCAGCCCACACAACUAGACCCAAUCCAUCGACUGUCAGCCGCACAACUGGGAAGACCACCGAAUCCAGUAGCCAGACCACCCUUCUAGCCACUUUGUCCACCUCACCACACAUCAACACAACCACUCAGAAGCUCACUCAACCCACCCGUGCCCUGGUCACAACCCCAGCUGCACACAAUGCCACCCACACAGCCUCACCUGCCACCAUGGCGCCAGGGCCCACCCUGGCACCUCAGCCAUCACCAGCCAAGACUGGGGUUUAUCAAGUUCUAAAUGGAAGCAGGCUCUGUAUCAAAGCAGAGAUGGGGAUAGAGCUGAUGAUCCAAGACAUUGAGUCGGUGUUUUCACCUCAGAGAUACUUCAACAUCGACCCCAAUGCAACUCAAGCCUCUGGGAACUGUGGCUUCCGAAAUUCCAACCUUCUCUUGAAUUUCCAGGGAGGAUUUGUGAACUUGACAUUCACCAAGGAUGAAAACUCAUAUUAUAUCAAUGAAGUGGGAGCCUAUUUGACCAUCUCAAACCCAGAGAAAAUCUACCAAGGAAUGAAGAGCUCUGCGAUGAUGUUUGAGACGGUGAUCGGGCAUUCCUUCAAGUGUGUGACUGAGCAAAGCAUCCAGCUGUCAGCCCACCUUCAGCUGAAGACAAUGAAUGUCCAGCUGCAAGCCUUUGAUUUCGAAGAUGACCACUUUGGAAAUGUGGACGAGUGUUCCUCUGACUACACAAUUGUCCUUCCCGUGAUUGGGGCCAUCGUGCUGGGUCUCUGCGCUGUGGGUUUGAUUGUCUAUGCCAUCCGCCUAAGGCGUGAAUCAUCUGGAUACCAGAGAAUCUAA